UGCUACGGCAGCCCCGUUGACCAAUAAACCUAACAAAGGUUCAAAGUGAAGCGCAGCUUCUAGUUUUUGAAUCAUUCUGUCACAUAUAUGACGUGUUUACACCGUUUAGUCAGAUUUUGUUUUAUUAUAAUUUUUUGUUCGCCGUUAGCAUCAGUUAGCACUUAACUUUAGCAGCUCAGUGUCUGAAUGAAUUAAGACUCUACGCAAACAAACUACGUGUUCAAAUAUGGCAACGCUUUUUGUUUUGUUAAAAUGCUGGAGCCGGUCAGUUUGAUAAGCUGUUAGUAGAACUGAACCUCUUCGGUUUGUCUGUAGGAUUAGCUCGAGUGUUUGUGCUAACAGAGAGCUAGCAGUCCGGAAUAAAAAUGGAAGACACGCUGGAUCCACGAGACGUGGAACGAGCCAAAACCUUCUGGGCAGAGGAGAAUGUGGAUCAGGCUUUCAGCGGGUUUUUUGAGUACCUGGACCACCUGAAAAGGGUCCUGAAGAGGAAAACAGCCACAGACAAAGAAUAUGUUCAGGCUCUGAGGCUGCUGGAGUCACUGGACUGUUCCUCCAUUGAUGACCACCAGGACCAGGACUCCUCUGUGGUCCAGGUGGUCAUCGGUUCAGGUGAGCUGCUGCCAGCUGACAGUACAGCCUCCUCCUCUCCGUCCACCUCGCCCACCCCCAUCCGUCUCUUCAACGGGCCCAACGUCUCCACACCUCCUGCUGGCAGAGAGGACCUGCUGCCACCUCUUGUUCCAGUCCAGCUGGAGUACCACCCGCACCGAUGCUGCAAGGCCUGCCUGCCCAGUUUACCCAGAACGCCUCUGUCCGCCUCCCUGUGUGGUCAGAACCCCCUGAAGGUGCCGCUGCUCUGCGGCUUUAAAAGACUAACCGCCAUGCCGCUGRUGCUGCCGUUCAGAGAUGGCGAGGAGGAGAACGGAGGCGACUGGGAYGUCAUUUACAAAGCGCCGUGUGGACAGAGUCUCCGUAACUACGAGGACGUGAUGUGCUUCCUGUCUGCCACGGAGAGCUACAGCGUCCUGCAGGUGGAUUUCUUCACCUUCAACCACUUGGUUCAGUUGGACCCUCCCCUGGCUCCGGGUCAGCACCGCUCGGAGGAGGACUUGAGCCGAGGGGCGGAGCUGACGCCGGUGCAGCUGUGCGUCGGGGACGGCGGCGCCCGGCCCACAGACUUUCGCUACAGGAAAGACCGCUGGCCUCACGGCUGCUUCCUGAGCCGCGGCCUGAGGUUGUUCCGGGUCUGCUGCGACUGCRACGACGGCUGCCGGGAUGCUGAGCGCUGCGCCUGCGUCGCCACGCUGAAGGGAGGGCGGGGCUACAGCCACCACCGGCUGUUGGCGCCCGUACCGUCGGGGUUGUAUGAAUGUGGACCGUGGUGUGGCUGCGACCGCGCUCGCUGUCAGAACCGCCUGGUCCAGAGAGGCCUUAGAGUCCGCCUCCAGGUCUUCCAGACCGAGGGCCGUGGCUGGGGCGUCCGCUGCCGUGACGACCUGGACCGCGGCACCUUCGUGUGCAUCUACGCAGGUGUGGUCCUGCAGCGGGUCCAGAGUCCAGAGGAGCAGCCGCCUCCCAAGCUUCAUGCGGCUGACCAGCCGUCUGAUGAYGAGGUCGAGGUGGUCACAGAGUGGCGGGCCCCGCCGGUGCUGGAGGGGCGGAGCAACCUGGUAGAGACRCCACCGCCCACUCUGGCACCAGCCUCACCGCCACUGUACGUCCCGGUGAUCCAAAGACCUGCAGAGUCCAGUGAUACAUCCCGGGACCAGGACCAGGACCAAGACCAGGACAAGGUUCAGACGGUUCUGUUUGGAGGUCCAGACUUGACGUCUCCAUCAGCAGGUGACCUGUCAAAGGUGAAAGUUGCCAGGACAACAGAGGGACAGGAAGUGAGUGACUCAAAGACGGGCGUGCAGAGGAGUUUGAAACGAAGGGUCGAUGUUGAAGAAGUGUGGUUGGUGGACGCCAGCAAGGAGGGGAACGUGAGCCGCUUCAUUAACCACAGCUGCCAGCCGAACCUUUUCAUCCAGAACGUCUUCACGGACUCUCACGACCCGGCCUUCCCCGUCAUCGCMUUCUUCACUGACAGGGUGGUGAAGGCCGGUGCUGAGCUGACCUGGAACUACUGCGCCCAAAUCCCCGUCCCAACUUCCUCAGAGCAGAAACAGGAAGUGCCCUGUCUCUGCCAAAGCGACGAUUGCCAGGGAUGGCUUCACGUCCAGGAGAACCUCUGUGACGUCUGCGACGCUGAAGGUGCCGUAACAAUGGAAACCACCUGAGUUGUCACGGUCAUAUCAUUGUCAGUAAAUAUUUGUCUGAAUAUUUUUUACUGUUUUGUAAUAAAAUUCUUUGAAAUAGAAA